UCCCAUACAGUCCGGAGACCGACCAGACCAAGCGGGCCAACCGUUCAACGUUGCGCUUUUAGUUGCUCGGUGAAGACGCUCGUCGGUGGACGUGCAACAACAACAACAACAACAAUCACAACAAGCUCACGACGACGCUCGGGGUUAGUAGUGCGGGCAAAUAAACAGGCGCACACACACACAUCCAACAGCCGUAUCAGUAGUAGGGUCGGUGUGUGAUUUUGCCCUCUUUUUGGUGUCCUCUUUGCUAGCUUUAAAACCAUCCGUGUUCCAUCCGCGCACUUCCGUGUGUGUGCGUGUGUGGUGUUAUCAGUGCCUUUCGACUCGAUCGUGUCCAGUGUCGCCGGGAGUGCGAAUGCGUGUGUGUGUGUGCAAAGUGUCAUGUUGGAGUGUCCCUUGCCGUAACUGAGUAACAGCAGAAGUAGUCAACAAUCAAACACCAGCCCUGGUUUAACGUGCGACAACUGAUCUGCAAUCAUUCCUUACAUCACCACUAGCACCGCCGGCUAUUUGGGCAGCUUUCUGUCGAACAGCCUCAAAACGCAUCAGCUCGAGGUGAACACCGACUCGAAAACGCUCCGCCCGAUUGCACGCCUGAAGGAGCCGCGGGAACUGUUCGCACUGCCGAAGGAACGAGACUAUGAUUGCCCCCAGCAGGCCCCCCGAUGGCCCAUCGAAUGUCAGGUACUUGAGGAGCGCGUGUACCAUCUGGACGACGCACCGGAAACACCGGAACCGUACUAUCAGCCGACCGGCAAGGAACUGCAGCCACGACCGGUAGGCGAAGAGAAUGGCAUCAUCGUGUACAACUACAACCCCACCAGCGCUGUUCACUACUUUAGCCGCUCGACGGUGGGCGGCUCAAAGGCGCAACCGGCCGCCCAUCCGACACCGCUCGAUCCGGACGAUCUCGUGUUCGAGUCCCGGUUCGAGAGCGGAAACCUCGGGCGUGCGAUCAAGAUAACGCCGACCUACUACGAGCUCUACCUACGCCCGGACAUGUACACCAACCGGCACACGCAGUGGUUCUACUUUCAGGUGAAGAACACCAAGGCGAAGGUAGUGUACAGAUUCUCCAUCAUCAAUCUAACGAAACCGGACAGCCUGUACAAGGAGGGCAUGCGGCCGUUAAUGUACUCGACGAUGGAUGCGGAAUGCAAUCAGGUCGGCUGGAGACGGUGCGGCGACAACAUUGCCUACUUCCGAAACGAGGACAACAGCAAUGGAUACAAUUACAGCCACUACCAUCACCGGCCGGUCGAUGACGACGAGGACGAGUACAUCGGUACCAGCUCGUUCACACUGUCGUUCAACAUCGAGUUCAAGUACGAUGGCGACACGGUCUACUUUGCCCACAGCUACCCGUACACCUACUCCGACCUGCAGGACUAUCUGAUGUGCAUCCAGCGCAACCCGGUCAAGUCGAAGUUCUGCAAGCUGCGGCUGCUCUGCCGUUCGCUGGCCGGCAACAACGUCUACUAUCUCACCGUCACCGCGCCGACAACGCACGAAGACGACAAUCAAAAGAAAAAGAAAGCAGUCAUUAUCACCGCACGUGUUCAUCCGGGUGAGAGCCCAUCCUCUUGGAUGAUGAAGGGUCUGAUGGACUUCAUUACUGGUGAUUCGUACGUGGCGAAGAAGCUGCGACACAAGUUCAUCUUCAAGCUGGUGCCCAUGCUCAACCCGGACGGUGUUAUCGUGGGCAACACCCGCAGCUCACUGACGGGGCGUGAUCUCAAUCGCCAGUAUCGCACGGUGAUACGCGAAACCUAUCCCUCGAUCUGGAACACGAAGGCAAUGAUAAGAAGACUGAUGGAGGAUUGCGGUGUCGCAAUGUACUGCGAUAUGCAUGCACACUCCCGCAAGCACAACGUGUUCAUUUACGGGUGCGAAAACCUGAAGCGGCACCCGGACCGCCGUCUGCUGGAGCAAGUCUUCCCGCUAAUGCUGCACAAGAACGUGGCCGAUAAGUUUUCCUUCGAGAACUGCAAGUUCAAGGUACAGAAAAACAAGGAAGGAACCGGCCGGAUCGUCGUGUGGGUGCUGGGCGUCACCAACAGCUACACGCUGGAGGCAUCCUUCGGUGGUAGCACGAUGGGUGGCCGCGCCGGUACACAUUUUUCCACGGCGGACUAUGAGCACAUCGGGCGGGCGUACUGCGAGACGCUGAUGGACUAUUACGACGAUAAUCCAAUCAAAGAGAAGCUGCGCAUGAAAAUACUGACGCGCCUUUCGAAGGAGGGCUCGAGUGCGGAAGAACCGCUCAACAUACCGCUGUCGGAUUACUCGAGCGAUGAGGGCGACACGAGCAGCAGCAGCUCCGAGGACGAAGGGAAGGACAGUAUGGCGGAGCUGGAGGGACCGUGCUGCUCGACGCUGAAGGUGCCACCGUCAUCGCCGGUGCUGCCACAGAAGCUGAAGGGCAACAAGAAGAGCAAAAAGCAAGGUGUACCACUGGCCCGGCCACCGGCCUACCGACGCAAAUCGCACAGCGUCCAACGUAUCGUGCUGGACAUUCCGACCACCGAGCCGGCAAGCGAUUUCUUCGAGUACACGUCCGAGGACGAGCUGCUGCUACCGCCGGCCGCUGCCUCCGACACGGAGAACACUGUGAAGCGAACAUUCCGCCGGCGGAAUCGGCCACGCCGCACGGAUAACAUACGCAAGCUGACGUUGCUUGGCUGCGAAACGCAAUACCUCAUGCCGCCCGAGCUGAUCGUACGGUCCGCGGCGAACCGCUACCAGUCAGAGGAUGAGGACGAGCAGAGCAAGAUGGUGAUGAGCAUCAUCAAGGAGUUCCCGCCAGUGAUCGGAAAGGAGCGGGUCUGGCAGCGAUCCAGUGGUAGCGAGAGAACGGUAGAUGUAAUGAAAUCGGCCAGCCCGGAUCACUGCCAGGUGCGCUUCUCGCUCAAACGCUCCAUCUGGACCGGCACGCACUCGGACGGUUACGUGAACGAUUGCUACAAUCCGCGCCCAAUCUCCUGGGGCGCUCCACCAACCCUCGUCAAGUCUAGCCACUACGACAACGAGGCACUGCUCACCGCCUGUUCGCAGAAGCUGGCCGCCUGGAAGGACGAGAAGCGCAGCAUGAAGGAAAAGCACCACAAAAGUCUGCUGAAGCACCAUUCGCACGUGCUCGGCACGCAGAAGGAUAAGGAAAAUCGUAGCGUGCGGGUGAAGAUAACGGUCGGCUCGGAACAGUUUGCUGCCGUGGCGGCCAAACACAAGCUGACCGGAACCGGAAGCGAUAAGAAAUCGACGGACCAAUCCGGACUGGAUGGUGGUACUGGGGGCGGUGGUGGUGGUGGUGGUGGCGGUGGAACUAGCAGCAUUUCGCGCGUCAAACGAAAAACACGCUCGACGUUGAGCAAGAUCGUGGAGAAGGCGGAAAUCAUCACUCACCUGUCGCGUAGUGCACGGGUCGGGCAGUCGCGCCGUCUGCUCGCCACCAGCUCCCUUUCGACGGCCGGUUCCCCCCGGAAGGCACUGCUGAGCGUCCCGUCCACGACCACCGCUCCACUGUCCGCAGGCGGGCCGAACAGCGGCAAUGCACCACCACCGAACGGGGUGAACGGGGCGGGAAGUGGAACCGGCCCUACCGCGACCGUACCGUCGCCGGGCGUCAAAACCGGUAGCAAGUUCCGGACCGGCGGUAUCGUGGUGACCGCUGCCCAGCCGCUGCCCAAGAUGCGCAAAUCGUAUGCCGGCACGCGGGGCAAAAGUACCGCCUCACCGAUCAAAUUGCCGACGACCAGUAUCGAUAUACAGCUGACCACUCUCUGCUCCGAGACGGAAUCUGAAAGAAACGUAAAGGUGGUUACUGGCAAGAAGCACAAGAAGAAACGUACCGCCAAGGAGAAGAAGGACAAGCUGCCGUGUUAAUCGGGCGGAAGCAGUAAGCAGCCUUACCGGAACCGGAUGUACAUAGCGGUUUGUUAAACUUUCCGGUAAAGGGGAAUUUCGUUCUUGUGUUCGUUGGAAAUUUAGUAAAAGAAGGCAGACUUCUUUUUGUCAUGAAACACCGCACAUAAUACAAGUUGUAUAUGUGUGUGUGUAUGUGUGUGGAAUCGAGUAAAAGAUCCACAGAGCGGAUGAAAGGAAAGCAUUUAAACGAGAGUUUUGAGAGUUUUGUAAGCUAAGAAAAAAGGGCAAAUGGAAGAUUACAAGCAAUCUGCUGCAUUCUAGAACGAUAAGAACACGUAGUGAUGAAUAAAUGAAGUAAAACAAAAGAAAAGAAAAGAAAAACAGCUUCCUGCGGAAAUGUGUCCUUUCGGAGGAGGGUA